AUGCCGGUUGGAAGCGAUUCAGAGACACAAUGUCUACUCCCUUCGAAGGAGGCUGAUGCUCAUGGGAGGGCACAUGUACAUGCCCCCCGAUCAAUCAGCAGCAGCAUCUUCUGGAUUGCACGGUCUUGCGUCUUGCUGGGCCUGAUAGCCCUGAUGAUUUACUACUCGUGGGAAUCCGAUUCUAGCUCGACGCCGUCAUUGGAAGCCUGUGCCUGGAACCACCUCGAGCCGCAUCUUCCUCUGUUGUCCGUUGCGCCGAUUCAGCGAUCCGAGUUUUUUGCGCGCCAAAAGGCUCUGGCACGCGAACUGGACGCCGCUGGGGUCGAUGCCUUUAUCGCCGAGCCAUCUGCUUCCACGACUUAUUACGCAAACAUCUCUUCCAGCUUUCACCUCUCGGAGCGGCCCUUUUUAGUGAUUAUUGACAGAAAAGGCCGGUUUACGACGCUGGUGCCCAAAUUUGAAGAGGGCCGUAUUGCAAAGCUCGACAUGGUGUUUGACAACAAGACGACAAUCGCUUGGGUGGAGGAGGAGUCGCCGUAUGAAGCGCUCGCUCGGGGCACGGGCUAUCAGAAAAUCAUGAUUGAUGAGCAUGCGCGGUUUAUGAUUGCGGCUGGGCUGCAGGAGGCGGGGAUCGAGGUGGUGCCCAUGUCGGAGACGGUCCAGUCUCUGCGAUCCAUCAAGUCGGAGGACGAAAUCGCGCUGCUGAAAGGCAUCAACUCGUUUACACUUGCGCUGGUUCAGUCGCUGCAGAAGUGCAUCCGGAUUGGCAUGGCCCAGGAAGAGGUCAUUGACGCCUCCGAAGCGUUAUUCAGUCGUGCUGGGGUCGGUCAUGGAUUCUGGGUGUUGGCGCUGUUUGGCGAUCAGGCGGCGCUGCCACAUGGCGGUGAAACUGGACGGACGCUGCAAGAGGGCGAGUUUGUGCUGAUUGACAUUGGCUCGGAACUUCACGGUUACUGCAGUGACGUGACGCGCACGAUCCUACCGACUGGAGCGACUGUUAGUGACGGCCUCAUGGCCGUUUGGCGAACCGUGCUAGAGGCGCAGUCUGCUGGUCUAUCGCGUAUGAAUGUAGGUGAGGCGUGCUCGGCAGUCGAUGGGGCCUCUCGCGAUAUCAUACAGCAUGCCGGCUAUGGCCCGUACUAUACACACCGAUUGGGACACGGACUUGGCUUGGAAGGACACGAACCGCCGUAUCUGAAUGGUGCCAAUGACCAGAAGUUGAAAUUGGGAGAGGUGGCCACAAAUGAGCCGGGUAUCUAUGUCACUACUGAAGAGGCGGCCCUGCUUGGAAAGAAAACGGGCUUCGGUGUAAGACUGGAGGAUCCUAUCUUGGUCACCAAGAACGGCGGUGUUGGUUUCGUGGACACGGUGCUCAAGUAUGGUCCAGACCGUGAUAUAGUUGCCAAGGCAUUGCUGGAGCGUUCUGUCAAGACAUACACUACGUUGUAA